AUGCGAUCUUCCGCCGGCACGGCUUUGUCCGCGACUUUUCUGAUUGCCACGGCAUGGGCCGCCAUGAACUUCAACUCCCUCAGUGCUGUUCUUCGAGCCGAUGAUGUCCAGGAACGACCGUUUUUAGAUGUUCUCAACACUGCGGCGAAGCCUUUGCUGGUAAGGCGACGGAGGAGCGGAGUCAAUGCCGACAAGGGAAACCCAGAGACCAUCAAAGGAAGCAGUGACGGCAAGUUCAACAUGACAGCGUGGUCCACGGAAACCAAUGAUGCUUGUGUCGCGGUCCUAAAGAAGCUUCCGCGAAGCACAAACCCGUCGGGAAACUGUGUCUGCUACAACUUGCCUACACUAGAUGCCGUAUCGGGUGUUUUCGAGGCGGAACUACGGCUGUAUCGCGUCUCAGAGCCCCGAGAUGCGUUCGCAAAUAUCUCUCGGAAGAAUACCACAGUCGGCGUAUCAUAUCAAGGCGCCAGUGUCAGCCCCGUCUCAUCCAGCGAGGUGAUGGGCAAGGGUAAAGUGAAUAAUGAGACAAGGAUUGUCACACCGCGAGAAAUAGCUGGCGGCCCCAGCCUGAUCCAGACCUAUCUGUUCGUCGGGCAGAUUGACAAGGCAAAAAUGGCCGAAAACAUGUCCAUCGCCGCCUUGCAAGCUGUCGUCAUCCCAACCUUCACAUUGACCGGCACCAACUCCAGCGGCGGUUCAGUUCAAGCCACCAUCUCCAUGAACGAAGCCCUCUUUCUGAGGGGCGUCUUUAGCAAGUCAGUCGUCAUGUCGGACUUCUCCGCAGCUCAAGCAGCCGUCACCACUCAGUUGAAUCUCUUGCACAACGGCACCAUAGCCUUUAUCCUACCCGGCACGCAGAUCAUGAUUUUCCCCAUUGGAGCCAUCAUCACUGCCGCUUGGCUGGUCUUGGGGCUCGUUGCAUAUGGCUGGGGCACAUAUGAAAGAAUGAGUUAUGCGGAGGAUUACAAGAGAAAGCAGGCGAGGAUGAGGGCCGCAUCGACGAUUUGA